CAUUGCUUCCUCUCAUUCAAAAAGGUACAAGGCAGAAUAUAGAAUCAAGGCAGAAAGACUGCAAUAGAGCUUAAUGGCGCCAACGGCAGCUGUGGAGACCUUUUUUUGCCAGCAGUCUCGCAAAGUCAGAAAACCUCUCGUGGAAAAGCAGAGACGGGACAGGAUCAAUAACCUCCUGGAGCACCUGAAAAGCAUCGUUCUGGACAGCAGCCAGCAUGAGCAUGCAUCAACGUCCAAACUGGAGAAGGCAGACAUCCUGGAGCUGACGAUCAACUACCUCUGCAAGGUGCAGCAGCAGACGCCAGGCGCCCUGCACUCCGCUGCCCACGUCAAGGGGGCCUGCGCUGGAGGCCACGUGGCGUCCACAAGAGAGCGGCAGUCCUUCUCGCCGGGGCCCCACGGCUCGGGCUGGGACAGCGGCGCAGAAGCAGAAUUCAGAGAUCAGUUGAGGUUUGCUGCAAGGAAGCAUCAGAAACUGUGGCGACCUUGGUGAAGAUUUUUUUUUUUCCAAUCCGACUUUCUUUCACAUCUGCUGCUGGAACAAGAAUUGCUGUACUGUAAAGCGAAGGACUAAUGUUGGACAUUUUUGUGACCGUUAUGAAAAUUGUAAACUUCUGUGAAGAUUAUUUUGUUUCCAUUAAUAAUGGUGAUUAAUAAUUUCCGCUUUUUGUGUUUGAUCGUUGUUUCAUGUUAUAUUAACAAAUGCAAAGUACUCUGCAAUAAUAUUUUAGAGUGAUUAACUGGUCACUUAAAACUGGGCAAAAUUGUCUGAUGUAAAAAAUUGACACUUUUCUUCUAUGAAUAGAAAGUGUCCGGAUUUUACAUAAUGUAAUACAGUACACCACAUAAAAUCCUUCAUGUUCAAAUGUGUUUCUCCAAAAAUUGCACUGUUUUAACACGAUAAAGUUUUAAUGCUUGGUAUGGUUGUAUUAUGCAUAAUUGAUGGGAGGGCAAUUUCAUUAUCCUGCAAGUGACCCAUUUAUUUCAGAGAAUUGAUUAUUUUUUUCCCGUGGAAAUGCAAUUGUAACGGCUGUUUGUGGCAUUUCACUCUGCGCCUGUCAGGUGCUCCCUGCAUGAGCGCCGUGAUGAACGCGGAGAAUGCUGUUCCCCAGGUCAUUUGUCUGCGUUUCGUGAAUGUAGCAUUGA